AACCCAGCUCAUCUCUUCAACGAAACCUCUGACGAGAGCAAUGCAAACAGGCCGUCUCUACCGGUCCAACAUUGCACAUAUCACGCCAACAUAAAGCUGAUGGAUUCUGUGAACGAAAAGGCACACGCGGUCACCUCAUCAAGUCACACCUCUGAAGACUCACCUCUCCUUGGGUACGGGCGCAGAGAACGGGCCUAUAUCUGGGUGCAGAAGCACAAGUGGAUCACCGGAGCCACCAUCGUCAUGUUGUUGCUGCUGCCACUCCUCGCGCUGCUCACUUUGCUGCACAAUGGAGCACAAGCAGUGAAAUGGACCAGCGAGAUUGUCUAUCCAUCCCCACAAGGCUACGGUGGCGGAGAUUCGGACUGGUCAGAGGCCUAUGGCAAGGCCAAAGACGCCGUUGCGAAGCUGGGCCCAAAGGAUAUGAACAACCUCACCAUUGGUUAUGGAACUGCAAACACGGGAUGUGUGGGCGUUUCAGGAUCGGCGAACAAGAUAGGAUUUCCCGGGCUGUGCUUACAUGAUGCCGGAAACGGAGUCAGAGACACAGAUGGGGUGAACUCAUAUGCUUCUGGUAUUUCGGCCGGAGCUUCAUGGAACGUGACGCUGGCCAAAGAACGUGCAGUAUUCAUGGGUGCUGAAUUCAAGAAAAAGGGCGUCAACGUGGCAUUGGGACCAGUAGUGGGGCCGAUCGGCAGAGUACUGACUUCUGGACGCAAUUGGGAAGGCUUUGCAAGCGACCCAUAUCUCGAUGGUGUGCUUGGUGCACAAUCUGUCAUCGGACUGCAACAGAGUGUCAUUGCGUGCAUCAAGCAUCUGGUGGCCAACGAACAGGAAACCAACAGGAAUCCCAUCAACGACGAUGAUGGCACGAUCCCGAGCCAGAGCACAAACAUUGACGAUCGAACGAUGCAUGAGCUAUACCUCUGGCCUUUUCAGGAUGCAGUCAGAGCGGGCGUUGGCAGUGUCAUGUGCUCGUACAACCGGAUCAACCAAAGCUAUGGCUGCGAGAAUUCCAAGAUCUUGAACGGUAUGCUCAAAGGCGAGUUCAACUUCCAGGGAUUUGUCAUGUCGGACUGGAAUGCUCAGCACUCAUCGCUGGACUCUGCAAACGCGGGUCUGGACAUGGCCUUGCCAGUCAGCGCUUACUGGGACAAUGACCAGCUGGCCAACGCGAAAGAAGGCCUUGAAAGUAGUCGACUGACAGACAUGGCAACACGAAUUCUGGCUACCUGGUUCAAAUUUGGUCAAGAUGAUCCUUCAUACCCUCCCCUGGGCAUUGGAAUGCCUGCAGACAUCCUGGAGCCGCAUGAUUAUGUCGACGCCAAGGAUCCAGCUGCGAAAGACUCCCUUCUACGUCAAGCAAUCGAGGGCCAUGUUCUGGUGAAGAAUGUCAAUGGUACUUUGCCACUCAACAAACCAAAAACACUCUCCAUCUUCGGCUACGACGCGAUUCCACAGUCUCACUUCAAUCCUGGGACGGGAGACUGGACUCAAAACAGAGAAGCCAUCAGUUUGCAACAGCCACAAGAACAGCAGAUUAUGCGCAACCAGCCCGUGACAGGCGCGCCAUCAAAGUUCAUGGGCACCCUCAUUGUAGGCGGUGGCAGUGGCAGUAACAACCCUGCGUACAUCAGCAGUCCGUAUGAUGCCAUACAGGCCAGAGCCUACGACGACGACACUUCCAUCUUUUACGACUUCACCUCGUUCGAUCCCAAAGUGGUACCGAGCUCUGACGCAUGCCUGGUCUUCAUCAACGAAUACGCGAGUGAGGCAUGGGAUCGCCCUGGCUUAGCUGACGAAGAGAGCGAUGACUUGGUGAAGAGCGUGGCUUCUCAAUGUGACAAUACGAUCGUCGUCAUUCACAACGCUGGACCACGUCUGGUGGAUGAGUGGAUUCAGAACAAUAAUGUUACCGCAGUUCUAUUUGCUCAUCUUCCGGGACAGGAUGCUGGUCGCGCUGUCGUGUCCCUCCUUUACGGCGAUGUCAGUCCAUCGGGUCGUCUGCCGUAUACUGUAGCCAAGAAAGCCUCCGACUACAAGGACUUGGCUGGACCUUGUAUCGACAAGUCUCGGGAUCCACAGUGCGACUUUAGCGAAGGUGUUAACAUCGACUACCGCAACUUCCUAGCUCGCGACGUGACUCCACGAUUCGAAUUCGGAUAUGGACUCACGUACACGACAUUCUCCUACGAUGGACUGGAGAUUAACAUCAACGCGACGUCGACAUCCCACUCUGUCAACACGGCGCCCGUGUACACUAAUGGCACCACCAAUCAGAACGCAGACCGUGAUGAUAUUGCCGUUGGUGGACUCAAGUCGUUGUUUGAAAGCGUGGGCACGAUCAGCGCGACGAUCACCAAUACAGGAACGGUGAGUGCUGCUGAAGUAGCACAGUUGUACAUUCAGAUCCCCGUGCCCGAGAAGAGUCUGGGAAACAAUCCCAACACGAGGACUCUACGUGGUUUCGACAAGGUCCAUGUCCCGCCGGGAGAGAGUGCCAAAGUCAGCUUCCCGUUGAUGAGACGGGAUAUUUCGUACUGGAACGCAUUCAAUCAGACUUGGGUGGUGCCGGAUGGGAAGUAUCAAGUGUACGUGGGGAAGAGUGUGCUGGAUACGCCAUUAACUGGCACUUUCCAGCUCGACUGAGUGCGGAAUGACUUUUAUGAUGAUGCGAACUAUGACAGAAUGUAUGAUUAUUGCCCUCCAUGGGCCGCCGUGGGUGGACAUGAUAUGAGUGUCGCUGUCGACACUUUUUGCUGCUACGUAGGUAGUUUUUUGAUUGAAUUUGUUGAUUGUCACCGCCUGUUGCAGACCUCUCUAGAUCUAUCUCAUCUCACGAGCUUUCUGUGACGGCUUCCAUUCGAUAUGGAAGCUCCCUUGCCUUUUCCCCACCUGUGUGACCACCACCAUCACCAUCACCAGUAGUAUACCAUCGCAUCUCAAUCU